AACCUGUUUGCUCGUAGUGGAAUGACGUUUCUUAUGUUUUUGUGUCGUGUGCGAUUCGGGGGACGAGUUUUAUGUGAUUUUGACGUGAAAUUCUAAUAGAUAAACUUAUAACAAACAUUCUAAAGUGGGAUUAACUAAGUCUUAGUUGUGUUUCAAGAAGAUUUCUCUAUUUCGUUUAAGGGAACGUGUGAUCGUUAUUGCGACUCGCGAACCUCGGGUGAAUGAUACUUGUCUUAUGAUUGUGAUAGUGAUUUGAUCAUAAAUCAGGAAAAAAAUGUACAAUCAGUGACAUUCUGUUAUAAGUUGUACAAUAAUGUGUCACAAUACUUUUGUUAUGUUGUUUUCAUGUGCGAAAAAGUGUUAAAGAAAUGGGUGACCGUUUGAAACAUCCCUAUAGAAUCAAAAAAACAUAUGUUGAUUGUGUUUUAUUGGGAAAAUGGAUGUGAUAACAGGACUGUCUCCUCUAAGUCCAGGCUUCAUAGAGGAUUUGGACAUAGAGGCGUAUAUGAGCUCCGUCGGCGAAGGAUGCUAUGCGCCACAAGCUAUCGAUCCACGCCGGACCGGAGGCCACCAGCUACCAGAAAGUCCACCGGACUCUGGUUCAGAGAACCCCUACAGCCCAUCAGACCCUCAAGUCUCCCAUGCCAUAUCCUUACCUCAAACAGUCCUCAGUUCGGACUACAUGCUGGUACAUGACCACAUACCAACCCAGGAGAUUCUCCAGCAAAAUGGGGAUUAUAUUUACGAGGAGCUGAAGGCGGAUAACAUUGAUGGGUUGAGGAGUAACCUCAGUGAUGUGGUGGUUCUACCACAGGACUCCAAUAUUGUGGAGUUGGGGAUCAGGACGGUCAGACAUGAUUUGGGGCUGGGUGAUGUUUAUCAGAACAGAUAUAGCCAGAUGCGGGUGGACAUGCCAGAACUGGAGCAGGGUAUGAUAAACCCUCAGCUGGUGGCUCUGGGACACGAGACCCUGACUCCAGUGUACACCAGCCUGCAGGAACCGAGCACGAAGAAGAGGAAGCACUCGCAGGAUACCUCACAAGUGAAAUGUGAGCCUGCGGCCCUAUCCCCAGAGAGCGUGACCCACGUGCCGCGCCCUGCACCACCCUCAGUAGACGGCUCCGAGGCUGGUGACGACGCUCCACUCCAGUGCAUCAGAUUCGGGCCUUUCCAGCAAAACGUCUGGCAUUCAUUGUAUGACUGCAAUUUAAAGCCACUCCAACCGCCUUCCUACGUCGUCGGCGCAGACAAAGGCUUCAACUACUCCCAAAUAGACGAGGCCUUCGUCUGCCAGAAGAAGAACCAUUUCCAAGUCACCUGUCAGAUACAGAUGCAGGGAGACCCUCACUAUGUGAAGACGGGAGAAGGUUUCAAGAAGAUCAGCAACUUCUGUUUACAUUUCUAUGGUGUAAAGGCUGAAGAUCCCAGUCAAGAAGUGAGAAUUGAACAAAGUCAAUCAGAUAGAACAAAGAAACCUUUUCACCCUGUGCCGGUCGAAAUUCGUCGUGAAGGCGCCAAGGUGACAGUGGGCCGUCUCCAUUUCGCUGAGACCACUAAUAAUAACAUGAGGAAGAAAGGCAGACCGAACCCUGACCAGCGCCACUUCCAGCUAGUGGUGGCGCUCCGAGCCCAUGUCGGACAUAGUGACUUCAUCAUUGCUGCGUCUGCAAGCGACCGGAUUAUUGUUAGGGCGUCAAACCCGGGCCAGUUCGAGUCGGACUGCACAGAGAGCUGGUGGCAGCGAGGAGUAUCAGACAACAGCGUGCACUUCACCGGCAGAGUCGGCAUCAACACUGACAGGCCGGACGAGUCCUGUGUUGUUAAUGGUAACCUAAAAGUAAUGGGUCAUAUACUCCACCCAUCUGACGCGCGCGCCAAACACAACAUCCAGGAAUUGGACACAGCACAGCAGUUGAAGAAUGUCCAGAAUAUUCGAGUUGUCAAGUUUAACUACGACCCCUCAUUCGCGGAGCACUCAGGCCUGCUAGGCUACGACCCCAGCCGGCCGACACCCCAGUUGGACACCGGGGUCAUUGCGCAGGAGGUCCGCCGCGUCAUACCCGAGGCGGUCAAAGAAGCUGGUGACGUCACACUGCCUAAUGGAGACACUAUACCCAAGUUCCUGGUGGUCAAUAAGGACCGAAUCUUCAUGGAAAACCUAGGCGCCGUGAAAGAGCUGUGCAAGGUGACUGGUAACCUGGAGUCCAGGAUCGACCAGCUUGAGAGGAUCAACAAGAAACUAUGCAAGAUCAGCAUUCUACAGCGGAGAGAUAGCUCCAGAUCUAGUAUUAGCAAUGACUCCCGCUACUCAGCAAUGUCGAAUUCAUCAAAAUCCCUGUACAGCGACGGCAACAUAUCCAUAGACCAAAUCAGAGAUAUCGCUCGCAACAUCAGAAAACACGAGUGUUGCCAUAAACUAAGCCAUAAUUCACCCAAAUAUACGCGAAAACAGUGCAAAAACUGCCACGGAAACUACUCGAAAUAUGGGAAAUAUUAUAACUAUAACAAAACUUGUGUCCGAUACCAUUCCAAUAAGCUCGAGAAAGCCGAAAAUGUCGACAAUCCGACUUACACAGAUUCCAAUAUACAAAAAUAUCCGGAUGACAGUUAUGAAACACACAGUUCGAUGACUAAGAAAAAAGAUACGUGUCUAUGGUUGAAGAGUGACGAUAAUUUCUCGUAUAGCAACACUAAGCUCGGUUUUUGUUGCCGGAAAGAGUAUGGGGAUACCAGCAGUGAAUUGAUUUCGAAUAAGUUUCUGCAAAUCGUUAUUACUAUAUUGAUUUUUAUUAUGGCUGUUUGCCUAGUAGUAAUGUCAGCCCUCUACUUCCGAGAGCACCAAGAAUUAAUAUCGAUGAAAGAGAUCCGCCUGCACGACAAACUGCACUACCCUCCGUACGGCAAGCCCAACAACGAGCCACACAGCCACAGGGCACCGCCUGACUUUAACCAGAUACAGUAUUUAAAAGUGUCACAGCAUACAGCUUCUAAAAAAACCGCUAAAGAGAAAGGACCUCACAAAACGACCCAGGAAUACGUGACGACAGCCCCUACGGAGUCGCCACACACUACAUCGACCUCUGUCCAUCCCACUAAGAGUUAUGAUAGUAAUCUCAUAAACACGCCGACUCUCCAAUCCCUGCAACUACAGAAUGACCGUCCAAUAACAUCAUCCAGUAGCGUUCAAGUCAUCGGCGGCGGGUGCCUCUUCACAUCUAACACUAAUAACGAACUCGACCCAGAGUGCCAGUCCCCCUGCGGCCUAGAUACCCCACAAACCUACGACAAUCAAGAACCGCUUGAACGGAAAUCAGAGAAAGAACUUAACGAUACAUUCAGUGCGAGACCUUUGGAACCGUUAACCAGAGAAAAGCUCCCAAGUAUGCCUGGCAUAAUCCCAGAGAAGAACACCACAGAAUCGUUAAAAUCAGAACCAGAAUCCUUAAGGAACGAGAAUGACUCUUUCAAAAAGGUCGAGAAUCUUCGAGAGGAGAUUAUAGCCAACUCCCUAGAUGGUAGCAAGCAGAAUGGCACGGAGAUCGGCAGUAGGAUGAAGAGGGAGGUCCGUGGGAGGAGGGAAACGAGAGAGGAACUCAAGAGCAGUUCUGAAGAGAUGAUCCUGAGUGAACAGUCCCAUGAAAAUUCUGAGCCUCAUGAAUGCGACACAGUCCGCGUGGGUAUAUCGAGUAAAUCGAUCAUAAACUCGUCGCUGUUCAGCGAGGUCGUCUGCGGCAACAACAUAUACAACUUCACGUACACCAUUCCGCUGUCUCACUGCCUCAGCCACAAGCACCUGGAUCUGACGUUCAGGUCAUCAAAAAUCAAAGAAUACCGUUUAUGCGACGUGAAAUGCAACUAUGACUCCUCAAAAUCCUGUUCAUCCACGAAGGAGCCUCAGAAGCCACCAGCUUCCGAAGACACUUGGAGUAUCAAGAUGGCUCUAGAGUGCAAUGUUGAUCGUAUGCUGAAAGUCAGAGCCAGUUUCUCCACUUCAAGAAUGCGGUUUCCAAAUAAGGAACUAUGCUACCUGACACCAGAACACAAGUAUCCAUUUAUAGAAUACAACAUACGUAUACACAGCGAUUGUCAUAACUAACAUCACAUUUAUAUAAUUAUAAUUACAAUUAUUUAUAAUAAGACAGGUUUAUAUUAUAACUUAUAAGUUAAACUUUAUUGGUAAACCAUUUUACGAAUUGCAACUCAUUAUUUGAUAAUUAAAUUUUAUUACGCCAAUAAAAUAAAGGUUUAUUAUUAAUAAAAUUUACAUUUUCAUUUUUAUGUCACAAUAAUAAUAAAAUUUACCAAUAAAGUCUAAUGAUGACACUAUUAAUAGUAUGUAUUAUUAAGUAUUUUAGUACUAUUAGUAUAUGGAUAGUAAAAAUUAAUAUACACACAUUCCGCAAGUGCAAUUAUGUAAUUAUUAUCCGUCCUAAUAUAAUAUACAUAGCCCAUUGUAUAAUAUAUGACUAUUUUUUUAAAAUAGUCUGUAAAAUGUGCGUGAAGGAUUCUCAGUGCCCAAUCACAUUAUGGCAACUCCUCUUUAUACUUGCUUCAUAGUUAUAUCUCACCCUGAUUUACAUUGACGGUACUGCAAAGGAAACUUAUGAAUGCUGUUAAUAGGGAUGAUGACGGGGUAUGAAAAUUAAAAAAAACUAAUUAGUGCGUCAAUGAAAUAAUGAAAAAAUAUCAGACACGUAUUUUUUUAUUUUGUCAUAUAAAAUAACAAUAACAAUGAUUUGUGACGU